GAUAACGCGACGCAAUCGAGGCCGCGCGCGGCGCGGCGCCCAUCCUUGAAAUCGCGGAGCGGAGCUGGGGAUCUGCAACAGUUCGGGCCGGGGGCGGUGUGCCGUGGCCGCGGGUAGGGUAAGCUGUUGUUGUUCGUUACGUCGCGCAACCUCUCCCGCUCCACCUUAUCUGCUCGCCCGUUUCUCUGACUCGGACGCCGACGCCGGCCUUCCCCCCUUGCCCCCCACGCGUGACGCGCCCACGACGCCUCGUCGUCCUCUUGUGAUCCCCCAUCUCGCUGGUCGCUGCCGCCUUGCCAAACUCCAACACGCCAUGCGCCCAUGCCCCCCGUGCGUAGAUAGCUGUUAGCCAAGCAACCGUCGCCCUCCCCGACCUUCCAGCUCCAGCGCCGAUCCGAGAUUCCGAGCCGAUUCUGCGAUCCAGAGCGCGGGGCCUCCGCGGGCGGGGUGACCGGGCGACUCUCGGCGUGCCUGUGCCGUUGCCCGGCAGGCAUGGAUGACAUCGCCAGCGAGGCGCCGGUGGGGGCGUUCGCCAUCGGCCCGUCCACGGCGCUGGGCCGCGCCGUCGCGCUGCGCGUGCUGCUCUGCGGCUCCGCGGCGCGCCUGCGGCACCGCCUGGCAGCGGCGCUGCGCGCCGCGCUGCACCUGGCGGCGGCGUGGCUGCACCCGCGGGACAACACGCGCGGGAUCCUGCUCGCCGUCUGCGCCGUCGCGCUCCUGCUGCGGGGGCGGCGCGGCAGGGCCGGGCUCAGGGCGCGGGUGCAGUCCGCCUACCGCCGCAAGUUCUGGCGGAACAUGAUGCGCGCCGCGCUCACCUACGAGGAGUGGGCGCACGCCGCGCGGAUGCUGGAGCGCGAGGCCGCGCCGCGACGCGCCACCGACGCCGACCUCUACGACGAGGAGCUCGUCCGCAACAAGCUCCGCGAGCUCAGGCACAGGCGCCAGGAGGGAUCGCUCAGGGACAUCGUCUUCUGCAUGCGCGCAGACCUGCUCAGGAACCUCGGCAAUAUGUGCAAUCCCGAACUGCACAAAGGGAGGCUGCAGGUGCCUAGGCUUAUAAAGGAGUACAUAGAGGAGGUAUCGACUCAACUGAAAAUGGUCUGUGAUUCGGAUUCAGAUGAGUUGCCGCUCGAAGAGAAGCUCGCAUUUAUGCAUGAGACAAGACAUGCCUUUGGUAGAACAGCCUUGCUGCUAAGCGGAGGUGCUUCAUUAGGAUCAUUUCACGUGGGUGUUGUCAAAACCCUGGUAGAACAUAAACUUCUGCCUAGGAUAAUUUCAGGAUCAAGUGUUGGCUCAAUAAUGUGUUCUAUUGUAGCAACGAGGUCGUGGCCUGAGCUAGAGAGCUUUUUUGAGGAGUGGCAUUCCCUGAAAUUUUUUGACCAGAUGGGUGGGAUCUUUCCUGUGGUUAAAAGAAUUUUGACACAUGGAGCUGUUCAUGACAUUAGGCACUUGCAGGUGCUUUUGAGAAAUCUUACCAGCAAUUUGACAUUUCAAGAAGCUUAUGACAUGACUGGCAGGAUUCUUGUUGUCACUGUGUGUUCUCCAAGGAAGCAUGAGCCGCCUCGAUGCUUGAACUAUUUAACAUCACCUCAUGUUCUUAUCUGGAGUGCAGUAACUGCUUCAUGUGCUUUUCCUGGACUUUUUGAGGCCCAAGAAUUGAUGGCAAAGGAUAGAUUCGGUCAAACUAUUCCUUUCCAUGCUCCGUUCUUAUUGGGGAUAGAGGAACGUAAUGGUGCUACAACCAGGCGCUGGAGAGAUGGGAGUUUAGAAAGUGAUUUGCCCAUCAAGCAGUUGAAGGAACUAUUCAAUGUAAAUCAUUUCAUAGUAAGCCAAGCUAAUCCUCACAUAGCUCCACUGUUGAGACUAAAGGAAAUCGUCAGGGCUUAUGGAGGCAGCUUUGCUGCCAAGCUUGCUGAACUUGCUGAGAUGGAAGUUAAGCAUAGGUGUAAUCAAGUUCUGGAACUUGGAUUUCCACUAGGAGGAUUAGCCAAAUUAUUUGCUCAAGAUUGGGAAGGUGAUGUGACAGUCGUUAUGCCAGCCACUCUUGCACAGUAUUCCAAGAUGAUACAGAACCCAUCUUAUGCUGAGCUUCAGAAGGCUGCAAACCAAGGUAGGAGAUGCACUUGGGAAAAGCUAUCGGCCAUCAGGGCGAAUUGUGCUAUUGAGCUUGCAUUGGAUGAAUGUGUUGCCCUCCUGAACCAUUUGCGUAGGCUAAAGAGGAGUGCAGAAAGAGCAUCUGCCUCACAAGGACAUGGUCCUACAAUCAGGCUCUGCCCAUCUAGGAGGAUUCCAUCCUGGAAUCUCAUAGCAAGAGAAAAUUCAACUGGUUCUCUUGAAGAAGAAAUUCUUACAUCUCCUACACGUACAAAUCAUCAAGGACCUGGAGGAGUUGCUGCGUUAUCUAACAGAAACCAGUAUCUCCAGAGAAUUGCACAUGACAGUAGCGACAGUGAGUCUGAGAGUAUAGAUUUACACUCUUGGACGAGAAGUGGUGGCCCUCUCAUGAGGACAGCCUCAGCCAAUAAGUUCAUCAGCUUUGUUCAGAAUCUUGAGAUUGACACAGAAUUCAGAACAGUUCCAUCAAGGGAAGACGAGCCUGAGCUUGUGACACCAAAUGCUAGUAGCUUGGCAGCUCAGGCAGUCAGUAGAGAAGCAAAUGACAGGAAUUUGGAAAACUCAGGUUUAGAUUUUCAUGAUACUAUUACUCCUAGAGCGGCAUUUGGCCCUUCAACGAGUAUUGUGGUUUCUGAAGGCGACUUGUUGCAGCCUGAAAAGGUUGAGAAUGGUAUUUUGUUUAAUGUUGUAAGGAGGGAUACUCUCCUAGGGUCUAGUAGUGGUGCUGAGUCUCAAGGAUCUCCUCGGGAACCAGAUGUUGAAACAGUACAGACGGAGUGUCUUGAUGGUGUAUCAGCUUCUGAUGAUGAUGACAUGGAACUAAAUGUGGUUAAUGAUGAAGCAACUGAUCCUAAGAGAAGAAGUAAUCUACAGCAUCCGGGGUCCUCACUGGAAGAAAAUGUAUUUCGUCCCUCUUCCUUAAGUUGUGAAGAUGAAACAAACACCAACAAACCAGAAGCUGCAUCAAUUUUUGAUAUAUGUACAGAGAUCCAUCCGGCCACCGCCAGCACAGGAAAUAGCCAGCGGGAAGGGUCUUCAGAGAACACAGAACUGGAAGAAGCAAAAGAAGAAUGUCCUGAUGGCAAUUCAGCUGGUAGGAAGGGUGGAGUUGUCCAAGGUGCUGCUAAUUAGGAGACUUCCUCUCAUUCUAAGACAUUAGAUGCCGUUUUGUGUUUGGUAACUUCCUAGCUAUCAUGAAGUGGAUGCAGAAGCUGUAUGCUUUUCAAGUUCUAGAAUAGGGAAGAUCCAAUGGCUUUGGUCGAUUAAGGAACCAAAUAUAUUACUUGAACAUCUAGGAGUAAUGAUACUAAGACUGGAAAAAAUACAUACAAUUAGUACAAUCUGGGCAUCAAAUUUAAAUUCGGCGAAAAACUAAUUUCGGUGGCAGCAAUUGUCAUCUCAAUUGGUAUUGCAGAUGUCCUGAUAACCAAUUGUUAGCUCAGAACCGUUAAGCAGGGGAGACAACAGACAAGAGGUACCAGGACCUUCAAUGUAUAUUGAUGCUGAUACAAAAAGGUUAAGCAUCUAAUCAAUGCCCUGCUGGCAGUUUGUUUCAUGAACUCACUGAAUUUUGUGCAAAUAAGUAGCUAACAGGCACCACCCUAGGGCACUAUGUGAUUGCCAGUUUUCA